CUUGCCAAAUUCCUCCUUGAUUAACAAGCAAGAAAUUUAAGGAGAAGAGAAGAAGCAUAAUGGAGAAUUAGGGGAUUUGUUUGAUACACAGUUCACUAAUUUUCUCAAUGAUCCUGAAGAUUACAGCAUCUCCAAUGGCUGCUACAUCAGAGGAUUCUAGUGGGAGAGAUUUGGGGUUGGAUUAUUGCAAUUUCAGUGAUGCUGCUCAAUCUUUUAGGUGUGAUGACAUUGUCGAAGAAGGACCUGAUAUAGAAGCACUUGAUUUUCAUUUUGUGGAUGAUAAUGCAUCAUCCAGUUACUAUUCUCCCUUUGAGAUGGCUGAAGAGAUUGAGGGGCCAGUGGAGGUAGAGAAUUUCGUGAACGAGCCCUCAAUGUUAAGAGCUGCCAUGAAGAGAAUGAAGUCUCAGGGGAAUCUAGAGGACAAGAAAGGAGAAGGAAAUGAAAAUGAAGUGAUGGGGAAGAAAGUGGAGGAGAGCUUGGAUUCUCCAAGCAGCUCAGUGGAAACAGGGUCAUCUUCAGGCGAUGAAGGUGGAUUUUGUCUGUGGAGCUCGCUUGAUCUUCCAACUAUCUGUUUUGUUAACUGAUGGUUAUAACUGGUAUUGCUUCGAUUCCUAAUGUUAGUUCUGAUCUUCUGAGAUAAGUUGAGGGUACAAUGACAUAUUGACAUGUAAUGAUCAGUUUAUAACCCUUAGAUUUGUCCUUUCUCUCAUGUUCAUGAAUCAUGAAUUUAUGAGCAGUUAUUCUAAUUUCUGUUACUUUAUCAAGGUAGAUAGAGACUGUGAAAGCCAAUAAAGCAUUUGUGUAGUGAUCAAAGAACUGGCUAGAGUCAAUAAAGGUUCCGAGUUCAA